AUGCAUCUAACUGAAACCUUGCAGGAGUUCAAACACUUUUUCUUCCGCAGAUUAGAGAGCGGUAAAGUUGAUCAUUUUGCAAAAGUGAUUUUAGAUGAUUUGCCAAGGGUUAUCACUGACCCAAGUUUCCAAAGUGCAUAUGAGAAGCUGCUGUUUCUUUCCCUUGGUGACAGCUAUCAUCUAAUGGCAUUAUCAACAUGUGGCUCAAGUGCUGAACAGCAGCAGGGGUUGUUAGUUCAAGCUGAAAGUUGGAUUUCAAAGGCAGGAGUAUUGAAGCACCCAUCUGGAUUUGAAGAUGGUGGAAUUCAUAGCAGCGCUGUAAAGUGUCUGUUUUAUUACACUAAUGGAGACAAAAAAAGAGCAACUGAUUUGUGCAACGAAGAAUGUGACAAGUUGUAUUCUGACCUCAGCAAUCUUCGUAAUCUGUGUCAUUGGUCAUGUGCUGUGGUCAUAACAAGAAAAGAAGCUGAACACUUCUCCAGCAUCGAUUCCAGCUUCAUUGCCAUUCUUGCUGAAGGAGAUCUGCUUUUUAGUCCAGUCAGCAUUAUUUUGUACAUUGCAAUAAAAUGCAGCAGAAAUGAAGAACGGUGUUGUAAAUUUAGUAAAUGCUUUGAAGAUUUACAGCAGUGGUUUCCUCCUCAGAUCACUUAUUAUGAGAAAGAGCUGCACAAGAAUCAUGUUUCAUUGCGUAACAUCCUCACACAGGAUGGGAUUUUGCAACUUCAAAAUUUAGAAUUACAGUAAUAUCAAGAAAGGCUGCACAUUCAUUUGAUUCAUUGCAUGGCUAUCAACCUGUUUUAAACUGUAAGUUUUCUGGAGCAAGCAAAAAAUCUGGGUGAGCAAAAAAGAAAAAAUGAAAGGGAAGGAACCUCACCACUUGGCCUGCUCUUCAUUACUUCUUUUCAGGCCAUCACCAAUUUUGCUAGUUUCCACCAACAGAGAGUCUGCCUUAGGCUACAUAGCUAUAACAUCAUAACUUGUGAUACUUAUUGAGCUGCAUUUCCAUUAAGAAAUGUCAGAACAGGAGAUUGUGGUAUAGUGAUGUGAGUUCUUCCAUCAAGGCCUUCAAAAUUUAGGUCAAGAAUUGCGCACUCUGAGUCUCUUUUGUUCAUCUAGCUAAAGAUGGUGAUCCAUUUUUUUAUUUGGCUGUUUGUGAAUGUAUUUUUAACAUUACUAUUACAUGAAUGCUGGAGACUUAAUUUCAAGUUAUUUUUCUGCAAGUAAUAUUUUAAAAACUGGGACUUAGCAUCAUGCCCUCAAACUCAUAAUUCAAAAUCAUUUAAUUUCCAAGAUGACGUCCUUUGUUCCCAAAGCCUAGUGGCCUAAUGGUGAUACUAAAGAUCUUUGUUAAAGUUAAUUUAACCAAGCAAAGUGACAAUUAUGCAAGAAAUGAGAAAUAAAAACACUUUUACAAAGUGUGAAAUGCUGGAAGUUGUUUGUUGGCAAGAGGACUAAUUUCUUAAUAAGUUCUGGGAAAGAACCCCUCUUCAGAUCCUUCCUUGUUUUCACAUUAAUUCCUUAAGCACCUUUUUACCUUGCCCAAGAGUUGCUUCAACUAAGGAGUGUUCAAGGACAAGAAAAAUGACAUCAAAAGGAACAAGAAAUGUCAUAAAGAGAGGGAGAAAACUUUCCCAUGGUAAAAGACCACUGAUUAACCAUAAAGAGACUGAGAACAACAUGAUGAAGGAAUAUCCAAUCGUCAGCUCCUUUUUUCUCCCCUCAUCACUGCUACUCUUGUUUUAUUGACCCCAUCACUCCCAAGAUCUUUUAAGUAAUUCUCCUUACUGUAUGCCAUACAAUUAUUAUGAUGUUAGUGAAAAGAAUUUGGUUUUAGAUUAACUAAUAAUCCCUUUUCUUCUUGUCACUCAGUGGCUUGGUAUUGUAUUGAGGUACUGUAUUGAUAUUGUAAGGAGAAAUUCUAUUUUCGUCACUCAUGGGAGUUAAUUGGUUUAUACAUUGCUGCUAAGUGUCACACCAAAGAGUCCUGUGACUUGUUUGUAAACAUUUGGAAAACUUACAAUUCAGCAAAUAACCAUGAAUGUGGUGACUGAAUAUCUGAACUAAAAUACCAAAUGUGUGUUUGCUUAGUCUGAACAGAACAUUGUGGCAUCUUUUGAUAGAAAAGGAGAAUACAUUUACACAGGGAAUUCAAAGGGAAAGGUUAGUAUGACUUCUUUCAUUAUACACGUUUUUUUUUUUUUAAUCAUGAGAACGUUAUGUUGUAGUCAUAAGGGAGAAGGAAAGUUUAGGGAAAAGGAAACAAAGGGCGAUUUAUAGAAUGAUAGAAUAACUUUUGUUAACCCUUUACACUCUAACAUCAGAAUUCAUAUUCUCCAUACUGUUCAUCAUACAUUUCUUAGGGUGCUGACAAGGAGAAUUUGUUUAACAAUCAAAUGCUUCUUUAAAAAGUUGGUGAUCAUUUCCUUUAUUCUUAUGAGCCUAAUGUGUGAUUCAGGUGUGAUAUUGUAAGGAGAAAUUAGAUGUUAGUCACUCUUAGGGGUGCAAGGGUUAAAGAAGGACUGAAAUAUGACUAAAAACUAAACUGGAGAAAAAAAUGGCUGUUUCAAUUUUUUCUGACUGACUAACCUCUGUAGGUAUGGAGGAUUGUUUAACUACUUUGACCCAAACAUAGCACUUAGUGAAAUCUUGUUGUGAGUUACCCAUACCUCAAAAACUUCAUUACUAUAGUUGGGAUAACCAACAUAAGUGUAAACUAUCUAUGGCUUUAUACUUAAAAAUAUUUUUGUAUCUAUCCUGCAGGUACUGGUAAUUGAAGCAGAGACUCUUCAGGUAAAAGUCAGUAGUACUAGAAAACAUAAUUUACUGUCAAAUCAGGAAGUUUUUUAAUCCUGGGACUAUAAUUUAAUUCAGAACAGAAUUUCAUCCUCAAAUUGUGUGGAAGAAAAUUAUUGUCAUCAUUGUUAUUUUUUGUUCAAGAUUUUUCAUUUCAUUCUCUCUUUACUGCAUGUGAAAGUGACUUUUGUGAGGAAUUCAGUCUUAUUUCCCUAAUAUUAUUGUUAAGGUAGAUUUUGCAACAUUGUACAAACUGCAGGUGGUGACCUCCUUCAGAAUACAAACAGGAACAAGUGCUAAUACAGCUAUCAAGGGGAUAGAAUUUGCCCGCAGAGGCAGGUGUGUUGCAGAUAAGGAUAGGCAGCUCAUACACUUGUUUAAGAUGCUAACUGCCAAUUAAACGUUUCUUUGUCAAUGAAACUGAAAGAGCAUUAGAUGGUUCCAUCAUCCAAUUAUCCCAAAACCAUCCAAGAUUUUCGAAUGGUCCCAAGUCAAUCUGUAUGACUCUGUUAGAUUUGUGGGGCACUUGACAGCUUCUACAGUUAUUUCUUUAAUCUUUGAUCAACAUGCAACUUCUCCUUGCAACUUCAAGACAUUAUCCAAUAAGCAGGUGACGAGAAAAGACAAGUACAUGAGUUGGUGGGUGUUUUCUAGAUGCUCUUGAAUUUUUUUCAAUAAAAUGCAGGCCUUCUAGAAGGGAGAUUUUUUAAUCCACUGGAUUCUCAUGGUUAAAGGGUUAACAGUAAUGGAAUUGUGCUUUUUUUCCUUCAGUGCCUUCCUGAUAAACUCUCAAGACAGGAUAAUAAGAGUAUUUGACAGUCAAAUUGUGCUGUCCUGCCAAGGAACAGAAGGAGCUGAGCCUGAGCCAAUACAGAAACUCCAAGAUCUUGUUAAUAGGUGAUUAAUGGUGUUUUUUUUUAUGUAAUUUUGUCACUUUUAUACAUAUGAAUUAUACAUAUGAAGAUAGAACAAUGUGAAAAGUUUCAACAUUAAUCCUUUCAUCCUGUUGUCAAUAAGAGGUGCCUGUUGUUGAAAGUUAGGGGGGGUUGUCAAUUGCCUGUUGUUGAGUUAGGGGAGGGGUAGGUGGACAGUUGCCCAGAUACUGAUAUUGAUCUGAGAAAGUCAUAUAGGGGAAUGAGAGUAGUUUUUUCAUUAAUGUAGCUUCAUUUGAUUGGCAGAACACUCUGGAAAAAGUGUUGCUUCUCAGGCGAUGGAGAAUAUAUCUGUGCAGGUAAAAAAAAAUAUUUCUUCCUGCUAAUUUUAUAUGUGUUCAAUUUGGAUGAACUUUCUAGAAUCUGAUUAAUGUUGCACAUAACCCUAUGAUGCCGCAGCAUUUACUUGCUUGGUAUAAUGCUUUUUGCUUGCUUCAGAAAUUGUUGCAAGGUACUGAAUUCUGCAAGGUUUUCUCUCUGAGGCUACAACUUGGAGCCUGGUGAGAUCUAACACCUUAAUGGUAGCAGAUUGCUUCUUUAUGCAAAGAUCAUCAACAAUAAUUGCUUCACCCUCUCCCCCUCCCCCUCCCCCUCUCCCCAUCUCUCCCCCUCUCCCAAUCUGUUCCCCUCUCCCCAUCUCUUCCCUCCACCCCUCCUCCCUCUUACCUUCCACUCCUCCCUUAUUUUUUCCCUAGUUGUUGUGAUAGCAGUGCUUGCAUUUAGGGUGCGAAAAAGUUAGACACUACCUAGGUCUUUGUCAAGAAAGGGUUGAAGAGAAAAGGGGAAACCCAUUGGGAAAUUGAAGUUGUUCCUGAAUGUAAAUUAUGUAUACUUAAAUGUAAUGUGACUGAUUGAAUUGCUAACUUGUGGUAACAAUUGAAGUUUGAACAAUCCACUGUUCUUUCACUCCUGUAGCAAAAUAUCUAACACAAGAUGCAAUGUUACAUUGGUGGUGUUCUUGCUGGUUUGUCAUACUAACUGUGUUGUGUUAUGACAGGAUCAUCUCGCACUCAUGCAUUGUACAUUUGGGAAAAAGGAGUUGGAAAUCUUGUUAAAAUUCUUCAUGGAACCAAGGGCGAACUGUUGUUGGAAGUCGUGGUAAGAUUGGAAUAUUAUUUUGUUGCUCAAACGGACUGUUAGAAACUAUAACAAAGACUGUUUAAAGGCUGACAUAUGACUGCAAGUUUCUUCAACAUCCCCUUCUUGUUGUGGUACAUGUCUUCAAAGAGGAAAAUUUUUUAAAUUGGCUGACUGUGUUCCCCUUGUGGAAUGAUGAACAUAACCUCUCUAUUCUUUUAUUUUUUUUUCCAUGAUCAGUGGCACCCUAUCAGACCCAUAAUAGCUUCGAUUUCAAGUGGAGUUGUCUCGAUUUGGGCUCAAAAUCACGUGGUAAGUUUGUUAGAAUAUUAAAAUUGUGUUGAUAGUUGUUGUAUUAGACUGGAGAAUCACUAAUUAAUAAUUAAUUUGUAGCUAUUUAAAGUGAUAUCAAUUCAUUAUUGGUGGCACAUAGACCUAGACUGAUUAAAUUAAUUUAAUCCGAAUUUGAAUUCAGAUGAUUGUUUAAGGUCUCUUUACUCGUUCAGAUUGGUCAUACAACAUUUGUAAUUUCCUUCCUUCUGGUCGCAGUGAAAUAAGUUUAUUUUAAACUUAUCAUCGGAUUUUGUCUCUCUUGCGUAGGAAAACUGGAGUGCAUUUGCACCCGAUUUUAAAGAGUUGGAUGAAAAUGUCGAAUAUGAAGAGAAGGAGAAUGAGUUUGAUAUAGUAAGUAUAUGUUUUGCUGCGAGUCUGAUUGCCAAGCAUGAGCUAUUGUUACUCUUUUUUCCAUUGAAAGUUGAUUAGUGGGAAUUAUCUUCUGUCUACAGAGUACCUUUUUUAUACAAUGAAAAUUCUGUAAGAAAAAUGAUUUUGGUGUGAAGAGAGGGAAGUACAAUGGGUACAAAGGGCGGAAAGUGCUUAUUGAGCCAAGCGGAGAUACUAGGGGUUGGGCUGAGUGUUGGUUCUAACUUGUAGGAGGAUGAAGACGAAGAAGCUGAAGUUCCAUCCGAAACUGAAGCAGGAGAGGAAGAUGAAGUUGAUGUAUGUGCAGUGGAGAGAAUUCCAGCUUUGUGCAGCAGGUACAGCCUUUUUUAUUUAUUUAUUUUCAUGUAGAUUCUUAAUUUGGGUUACACUGGGAAGAUUGUUCUCCUUUAAUUCUUUGACCCUAAGAGUGACUAGCAUCUAAUUUCUCCUUACAAUAUCACUCCUGAAUCAAACAUUAAGGUCAUGAGAAUGAGGUAAACAAUCAUCGACUAAAGAAGUUCUGGAUAUUUAAACAAAUUCUUCCUGUCUUUACUUUUGGAAAUGUAUUUAGAACAAUAUGGAGAAUAUGCCUACUGAUGUUAGGGUGUGAAUGAUUGAACAAUUUGACAUGAAUGUUGCUGCUAAAUUAUUUCAGUGACGAGGAGAACGAUGAAGAUUUGGACUCCGUGUACUACCUUCCUGUGGCACCUGAAGUUGACGACCCAGAAGAGACCGGUUGGACUCAAGAAGUAUGUUAAAAUACUUUCUCUUAUGCUGUAAAUUUGGUUGAGUAAUGGAAAAACCAUGACGAGAUUUAUCACAAUCAGCCAAUCAGAACAAAAGAAAAGAUUGCAUGGAACCAAUCAGAAAUUAAAGGGGAAACAAACAAACUAUUAAAAGCGCGGGAAAACGCGAGUGGUCAAUUUGCGAUUGGCUCAAGUUUUGCAUCUGAUUGGGGGCAAGUCAUUGUUAUCUCGUAAGACUUUCGACGCUCAAGAAACUUCUGUGUGAAGCUUUUCCGAAAAGUACAGUAGGUUUUUCCACUUAAGGCCCAUGCAUUUACCAGAACUCGCCCUUCUUUCCUCUAACGUUAUAUGGCGUUUAGUUGGGACUAAUUCUUCGCAAGCUAAAGAAUUGAGACGAAUUUCCAAACAAAAAUUUAUAUGUCUUGCUUUCAGACUGAAAUUCGUCCCCACGAUUCUGAGAACAAGAGGCGCGCUUCUCAAGAGACUGGAGCUGAAUCAUCGAAGAAGAAGGUGAAAGUGAUUGACAUUCGACACAGUUCAAGUGAAGUCCACCAGGAGAGUAAGAGCUUCGGUAAGUUAGAUUGGAAUUAUCUCAACCUCACCCCACCCUCAGCGCCCUUGGGGAAGAGAUUCCCUACCUCCCCCCCCCCCUCCCUUCCCCUCCCCACACUUAAGGCGCUCACAGGGUUUUCCAAAUUCUUUGCGUCAUACGUGAGGUGCUUAACUAUCGGACGGUAGUACUCAGACUAGCAUGUGACACGCUCUGUGUAUAUUAUAUGCAAGAAUGAAUAACGUUGAAAAAAAAAGGGCCUUUGUUUCUUCCUAAGGGAGUCGUUGUGAUCUUACGAAUAAAGCACGGUCUACAAUUUUGAACAACUUGUGUUGGAAAAUUCGUAGGAACAUACUAUUUUGACCCAAAACCCACAAAAAUAAGUUUCAGCACCCUCAUAUAGUGUUGAAUGUUAUUUGAAUGUAGGCCACUGUAACAAAAAAAUCUUGAAAAAGUUUUUCAAUCUUUGCUGCGAGGGACUGGGAACGCUGGGACGAUUCAUUCUCAGUUUCUCACUUCAGCCUAAAGUUUUGGCGACUAGUGACAUUUUAGCGAAACUUCUUAAAUGACUAGAGAUCACCUGUCAUAUACCAGCAUCCCUUGUUGUGAAAAUACCCACUUCCUCAGCUGCUCAAUAUAGAAAAACCAAGGUAAGAUUAGGUGGAUGUUAGCCGCUAGCUCUCAUGACUCUUCCCUCGAAUGCACUGCGGCCUUUGUUAUGAUAACACUCAUGCUCUUUAUCCAUUACAGGUCAGCCCAAGGAACCCUCCAUCCAGAAAGAUCCUCCUUCUGUUGAUACCCCACCCACAGUGCCGGAAACUGUCGCCACAGAAUUAAGCGCGAUCCCGCCGGACUUGUCCACGGAUUUAGACACAGAUUCUGCAUUUGAAUAACUCCGCUCACACUAAAGUGUGGAGAACUUGAAACCAUAUUUGAACAGGCCGAAGAACAUUUGCAGAGUGGGACAUCAACUGAUGAAAAGUCUAGAGGCAAAAUUGAUCGAAAAGAAAUUGGAAACGCUUCUCGUGUUCAGUUCUGAACUGAACAUUUUUUCCGUAUUUUUUAUUCUUUAAGAACUAAAGGCUUUCUUCUUUGAAAAGCUUAGUUCAGGAAAUUUCGAUCACUUCGCCUAUUUCCCCAAAAUAGACUUGUCAAAAUGUCGCGUGUGUAAAUGGAAUGGUUCAGAGGUAUUCAGUUUGCACACUAUCAGUGGACUAAUCGCGAAAUGCGUGGGGUUUUGUGCGCCGUAUAUUUGCACAAGUACAAGUACACGCGUGUGUUCGCGAGGAAUGAGUUCUUUCCGUUCAACCAGAAAAGUGCCCAGUAACUAACUUUCUAAUUUAUUUCAGGGACACAUACCCAGACGACUUUUGUCUGAGAUAUGUUGAAAAACGACUUGUACUGACAAUUAGGUAACGAACGUGCUCCAACUCAUUCUCGGAAAUGGCGCACAUAAAAAUAACAUUAAAUUCGAAAGAAAAGAAC